UCCCCAGACAGCUUCUAAGCGAACACUUUCAGGGUAAAAAUAUCAAUGCUCUUCUACAAUACUCAGCUGUUUUUACUCGGCUGUCUGGGUUUCUGCUUCAUUAAGAGCCUUGUAAAUAGCCAAAACAGCACACUGAUAUUCGUCAACAACAACAAUAUCCGUAACUGUAGCUGUUCCACUGAUAUCAAAAACUGUGACUACAUUCUGGCCAACCUGAUGUGUAACUGCAAAACAGUGUUGUUCCAGGCAAUAGAGAAAAGUGUUCCCAAGCUCAACUACAGCGGUGACCUGAUCGUAUGGUUCACAGACACAUCGUCACUUGGGCUUCUGCUGAACUUCACCUUUGUGCAUGACCUAAAGCUCUCACUAUGUGGAACUACCCCUCUCCCUACAGAAUAUCUGGCUAUCCUGGGACUCAGGCGCCUGCGUAUUCAGGCAGUUGCUGCCGCCCACCUACCUGAGCAGAGUCUGACAAUAUACAACUGCAGCGAUAAAAAAAACACGGAUAAACUUGAUCUUUCAAGGGAAAAGCGAUCCAUGUUCCACAUUGCUUAUCUGGACACUUCUCUUUUUAAUGGACACUCCUUACUAAAGUCCUACAGCGUAGAGGGUGUUUCCAGCAUAAGUGAGACUUUCCCAAACCUGCCGUAUUCUGGGAUAAUCACAAACAACAAGAGCUAUGUUGUAACACUCAUUUAUUGA